AUGUUCACUGAUGUCCAAGUAGAUACCUCACAUUUUCCAUUAAGCGACAAGGUGACAUUACCUCAUCAUGUGUUAGAAUAUUUCAUAAAUUCUACAUCAAAUGAUCCUUUUCAAAAAUCGAAGCCUGUCACAUUAGUCAUCGAAGCAUAUGAUAGAGAAUCCAUGAAAACAUUGCGGAAAACUGUAGUUGGUGUACGUGAAUUUAGUUUGGAAAGCCAAAAUUCAAUUGUUAUACCGUGGUUGGUGGCAUAUAAAUUAGAUAUACUUAAUAUACUGGAUGCUGUUUCCAUCGAUUACACCCUCAGUGAAAUACCUAAUGGAACGUCGAUUCAAUUAGAGCCAAUUGGAAUUGUUAAAUGGGAUAACUUGGUUCGCAAUCCAGAUUCUUAUGCGGAUGAUAAUGUUGAUGGACAACUGUCGUCCAAUUUUAUCGAACACGAUGCACAUGUUCGAACAUUUUUGGAGGCUAGCUGGAACAAUACGUUGACAUCAAUAAUGGCAGGUGAAAUUCUGCUCCUAAGUUCAAGGGAGAACGGUGAGAUAUCUGAAGAUGUGUACAAGUUUAAAGUUCAUAACUUGGCACCCGCCGAGGUUGUAGGCGUGGUAAAUGUUGAUCUAGAAUUAGAAGUCCUGCAGUCAGUUAGAACGAACGGUAAAGACGAUGUAGACUCUGCAGGACAGAAGAUACCAUUGAACAAUACUAUUCAAGAACCAAAUAUAGUUGACGUUGAUAUAGGAAGUGAACUAUCUGUUUUACCUGGUGAAAAUACAAUUUACAGAAUAACGCCCAGCCAGCCAAUCAAGAUAAGAAUAUUAGAAAAUGACGACGACGAAUCAUUUCAGCUAGUACUGGGAAACAUUCAACUCUUGUCUAUAGAUAGCUUUCAGGAAUCAACAUUGGUAUCUAAGAGCGUGGAAUCUAAAGCCGGCAAAAAUAGUGGCGCUGAAAUCGUUCUAGACACUAAUAGUACAUCUUACAUUAGGCCUUGCUUCAUAACAGCUCCCAAGCUACCAGUGUACGCUUUCAGCAUUAGCACUACUGAACAUUCUCAAGGCUUGACAAUUGAGGACGUUAAGGACAACGAAAUACUAUGUCCAACGUGCAAUAAGAAGAUUUCAAAAAAUGCUUACAUGUUACAUGAGAUACAUUGUCAGAGGUCAACUCAAAAAUGUAGACAAUGUCGUAAGAGAUACUAUAAUACUUCUAAAAUACCUGAUACCCAUUGGCAUUGCGAUUACAGCGAUUGUGAACAUUCUGGUGACACUUUCGUAAGCAAGGAAUCCCAUAUCCAAUGGUUCCACAGUCAGAAAAUCUGUAAAGGCUGUAACGAAUCAUUUCCAAGCAAUGUGAGUCUAAGCACCCAUAACCACCUUGAGUGUCCUAUGGCAUAUCAUAUUUGUAAGUUCUGCCAUUUGAAAAGUUUACGAGAAGCAAGUACUGUUGAAUCACGCUACUUCGGAAUAUCUGGCCAUGAGUACAGGUGUGGAACUAAGACAGUUGACUGUUUCAAGUGCGGGAAACCUGUAAGGAAGAUGGAGCUUGAUGCUCACCUUGAAUUGCAUGAGCAUGACCGUAAAUCAAGAGGUAGAAAGCUUACACUAAACAAAUGUGCAAAUACCAAUUGCUACCGUAUUCUGGAGUCGUUUAGUAAUCCUUAUAUACUGUGCGAUGUUUGCUAUGGUCCUUUUUACAGUACUGAGGAAGAUGCAGAAGGCAAAAAGUUCAAGAUGAAACUAGAGAGACGGUAUGUGAUUCAAUUGAGUCGUGGAUGCGGAUUUUCGCAUUGUAAAAACUCGAACUGCAAGUCGUCUGGCCUUGUAACGUUUAACAAUAUGAAGGAACUGUUAUCUCACGUGCAAAACAACUUAUUAGGUCACAAAAUAUACUGGCUAUGCGUUGAUAACCCUACAACAAAGCGAAAAAUCUCAGCUGACAUCCUGUUUGAUGUACUAGGGAAUAAAUAUGCUAUUGAGUGGGUUUAUAAAGCAGUAAACGAACUUAAUUCCACAGAUUUGGAGACCGUUAAAGCAUGGUUGACAAAUAACGCGAUUGCUAAUGAUGAGCUGUAG